AUGAAUGACUGAUCAUUCAGUGGGCCAACCUCUGCUGGUAGGAAAGCCCUCUGAUCAUAUUUCUUUUAGGGUCUUCACUUCUCUGCCUUGAGCCACCCCAAUCUUGACUCUCUUGACUCUGGAAGAACUCUGGAUUCGGGAAUUCACAUUUAUUCAAAGAGAGUAUCAGCAGGGGAAAGAAGGAGGGGCUAAGGUCACAGUUUGCACAACACAUUUCCUACUGCAAUCAUUUGAGCUGUUGAUUAUGGAGAUCUGGUGCAGUCUUCCUCAAAUUCUGGUCAUUUGGAUGUUCACAGGGGCAGGGGAGUUUUCCAUGGCUGGGCCCAGCCACCACUGCCAACUGGAAAAAAGGACUUCAGGAUCUUCUUUUCUGCUUCCAGGAUUGACUCAUCUGAAUGGAUCUCAGUUUUACCCAUCUAACGCAUCACUACAGCUAAAGGAUUUGCAGGUGAAGGACAGUGGCAUUUAUCAACUCAGAGUCACCUUGCAACAGCAGCCUGAAUCCAUUCAAAGAAUUUGCCUGGAAAUAAUGGACCCCCUUUUAGAGCCCAAGGUCUCCAAGAAUGCCUCCCGCAUAGGCUCGAUCAUUGAGCUGACGUGUCAGUCUGUCUUCGGAAAAGUGGAUACAUAUCAGUGGAGAAAGGACGGAAGGCUGCUUCCUGAGGAUGAUCGCUACCAGCUCUCCGGGAACAAUAGCACACUAUAUAUUCAGAAAGCCCAACAAUCUGACUGUGGUAAUUAUUCCUGCCUUGUCCGGAAUGAGGUCAGCUCGAAUUCAUCUCUCCUGCAGUUGAAUUUCAAGGGUGUCUCCUUUCUGAUGGAGUUGGUAUUUGGAAUUUCUUUCUUUUCCCUGAUUUGUUGUCUGAUUGUUUCAACUGUCUUCUGUCUUCAAGGGUGUCAAGCAGAGAAUGUGAGAGAAUCAUGGAAAAGAAUGAACACUUUCAUGAAUGUGGCAACACUUCUUAAUUCUCUCUUGCUGAUCAUCACUUCCUGCUGUUGGAUGGCUAUCGAAGGGAUUUCUCUAGGUCAUCUGGUGGCAGUAGCACUUUGUAUUUUAUUGACUCUUAUAAAACUGGUCACUGUGAUAAAGACGUGGUAUGGUAUUCCUUGGUGUUCUUCCAUUCAUUUUUGUUUCAAGAUGCUCAUUGAUGUAUCUUGUAUGCUGAUUAUAACUGUAGUGAACAUCAUCCUGAUUACACUUUUCCUGGAACAGUUUGGUCACUGGAAGAAAAACAGCCACCCAGGAGACAUACCACAGAAUGAGAUAAUGUUGGAGCAGGCUCAGGGUACCGCUGAAGAAGUUUCUUGAGGAUGCCAAGGAUCUUUUCACCUGUCACUACCUGAGGCCACUUACUACUGUGCCACGAGGAUCAGAUGAUUGGCAGACAGUUUGGAGGAAUGUUAUCAGCCAUUCUUUUCUAAUUAUCCAUUCAAUUAUUCACAAUAAACUUCAGACAGGACUUAGA